AUGAUCCAAGUGAGCUCUGUAUCUGUUUUCAGCUAUGACUGCGUGUGUAAUCCUCCACUAGAUGUCACCAAUAGUUUUUUUUUUUUUCAACACCAGGCUACAUGGAGUCACCCACUGUCCUUUGGGGAAAAAGUCUGAACCGAACAUCUCAGUUCAUCUUGAUUCUCAAACUUCCCACUAGCUGUGAGACCUGCAGGUGCUCACAGCAACUUCAAUGAACGUAUCAAUGAACGAAUCAAUCCAUGAAUCAAACAAUUUUUUCAUGCAUAAAACUGCAAUUUAAAGUGUGCCACAUAAAUAACCCCCCCCAACACACACACACACACACACACACACACACACACACACACACACACACACACACACAGUUAUAGGGGGAAUGAAAGCAGUGUCAUGUGACUUGUUUCACUUUGCGUUCGUGUGCAGGUGUUCAUUGACCAAAGCCCACAUUUGCCAUAAAAGCUGUCAUGGAGGAAUGUUCUUCGGUGUGUGUGUUCAGCCAAACGUGACUUUUACAUUAGCGGAUUUAUCAAGCAUGGGCCUUAACGGUACACUUACUGCUUAUCAGAUUGAUGUUCUCUCAACAGUGUAUUUGCUCUCAUUAGCUCCCAGCGUGAUUGGCAGCUGUUCUGUGCUGGCGGUUUCCAUCAUCAGAUGGAGGCAUCUGAAAGAACAGGUGAGCCUCCUCGUCCAGCUGUCCCUGGCAGACCUUGUGGCUGCUCUGAUCCUGAUGUUCACCAGUGCCAUGAACAAAGUCCGCACCGACGACAGUGUAACCAUCUGUCAAUACAGUCUACCUUUAUCACUGACAUUUUAUCUGAUCUCAUUCCUACUGGUGGCAGUGUACGCAUGGAAGUCCAAAAACUCCAUUAAAGGGUGGCGAGCCACGCCCGCUGAGGACGAGCGGAGGCGGAGUCACUUCGGAAGUAGGCUAUUUUCUUUACCAGUGUACAUGUACGUAUGGUUGCUCCCUGCUGUCGUUUACUUGGCAUACGUGCUAACUCCCUUCAUCAAAUCUACUCCAUUGAUUCCUGACACCCGAAGCGUCACCACCCAGGACCAUGCUAAAUACUGCACCAGUUGCAUUUUGUUCUUGCACAUCUGGUGUGAUUCCUGCUCAGAUGCUGAGAUAAUCCAUGACACUUUUAUGCGAGUCUUUGUAUUCCUGGUGGUGAUUCCUGUGAUGCUGUCAUGCUGUGUUAUUUACCAUAAGGUGGGAAGAUGGUAUGAAGAGCACAAACAGGAGGCUCUUUUCCCAGUUGAAGGAGACGGACUUUCCGUCAGGAGAUUGAAAAGUGUCUUUGCCACAGCCAGGAACAUGCUCAUAGUCAUCUUGUUCUGUUGGGCCCCAGCCCUGCUCAUCAUUUUGGUGUCAACUUUGAUGGUGUGGCCUGGUGUUGAACAGCGGAACCUGUUUGCGGCCUACUUGAUACAGGCUGCCAGUGUGUCCUUGCAAGGCUUUCUCAACAGUUUGGUGUACGCAUGGGGACGUCCCAACUUUACCCGGGCCGUGCUCGGGGAAAGCACACCCCUGAUUGCAUAUAGACACAUGGCCUUCUUUGACGAGUCACUGAAGAAUGACAUCAGGCAAGAAAAUAAGACUUUCUUGUAAUAUGAUGGAACUCAGGCUGGAAGGAAGAGAAGAGCAGGUGGAGGAUGAACAAAGACUGGUGCAAUGUUGUCUCACUGAAACUGCUGAGCUGCAGUGCGGCUGAAACAAACUCUUAUUUAUAUUCAUGCGUGCAAAAAUGAAAUAAUAAAAAAAUAUACCGUGGUUCCUUCAAGCUCACCAACUUACCAGUUUUUCCAGUUUGAGCUGAAAGAGAGCAAGCUUCGAAAAGCUGUUCUUUUUGAGAAUCGCUUCCCAGUAAAUUCAGGAAUUGUAUACACACACACACACACACACACACACAU